CAAGCAAAUGUUUUUCCUCUUGGCUUUGGUAGCAAGAGAAGGUACAGAAAUGGUUGAGAAAGUUAUGAGACAGUUGGAACGAUAGACCAUCUUUCCCAUUUAAAGGCAUUGUCAUCCUUUCUGCAGCCCCUUGACAAGCUCCCACAAACAGAGUCACAGACACAAGCAACAUUGCAACAACGCCUUGCAAAGUUCUUAGCCUCAUGUUGUUGCAACCCCUCCCCUGCAUUCUCUGUCCGGUGAAGAUGGUUGGGUGUUGAGAGGCCUCAUAGCUCUUCUUAGGCUGUGGGUCAAGGAGCGUAAAGAAGAAUGUCUUCUUUGGUGUCGGAUUGUUGAGGUGUUUCGAAGAAGCAUAAGAGUGUGUGUUCCUUCGAUUCUCUCACAGCUUCGUUCUACCUUGUUUUCUUCCUUUCCUUGUGUUGUCUUUGGCCUUUCUCUCUGUAUCUCUGCACCCCCUCUGUUAUGGAGUCCUCCCAGCUUACUGGGGAUGAUGGUGAAGAGUGCAACAGUAAUGAAUCCGGGUGGACCAUGUAUCUGGCCUCCCCUGUGAGCAGCGAUGAUGUCAAAGCCAAUGACAGCGAAGAGAGUAAUGUCGAAGAUGGCAGUGACUACAGCAACGGUAGGAGCAAGGUAGACGACACAAAUUAUGACGAUGGAGAUUAUGAUUCCUUGGCUUCUGAUGCUUCCACAGGACCAACUCAAGUGAAGGUGCUUAAUGGCAAAGAAAAGAAAGGUCAUGAGAAAAUUGACAGUAGCAGAGAUGAAAACGGUAAGGAUGAGCAAGAGGAGGUACAUACCAAGCUCCCGACCAGCUGCAACAAAAUGGCAGGCAAGAUGAAGAAAGCAGAAGAGAAGACCACUAGAAGAGGCUACAACAAGAGGCGUAGUUCUACACGGACAAGCUUCUUCUGGUAAAUGUUGUAAAAUCCUAGUAGGAUUCUCUCAACCAUUUAUUAUCUAGUUAAAAUCAUUGUAGAAACAUGGGGAAUGCAAGGCUUUUGGGAUCCUUGGCAUUGCCUUUCAUGAUUUUCACCAUUUGUGGACCACCCCCAAAGUCAAAGAUUAACUGUACUAUGCAAAUCUGUUACCCCUAGGUCAUUCUUAA